AUGGCCCCCAACAACGCCUCGAAGGUGCCAUCCGCAGACCAAUUCACCGCCUGGCACAUCCACUACACAGACCUCGCCCAAUUCCUCAACGACGCCGCCAGCGCCUGCGCCGAAGCCUCCCACCUGAUUACCCAGUACGCCGACCUCUGCCAAGCACAGCAGCAGCAGCAACAACACAACCUGUCGCCAUCCGCGGCCCAGUCCGCGGCGCAAUCAACUAACCAGCAGCACGAAACAACAACCUCCACCAAGAAACGUGUCGUCGAAGCCCUGGCGACCAACAUGCACCUCCAGACCCACAACGCCCAAGAGCUGGCGCAACGCCUGGCCCAUGAAGCAUCCUCCCUGCACGCGCGGCAUUACGCGGACGCCCUGGAGUCGAUGCAGGACGCGCUGGGCGAGGCCGCGUGCCUCGAUACCGACGAUGAGGUCGAGUCGUAUCUGGAUUUUCUGUUUGGCGAUCUGGGCGGCGGAGGCGUCGCUACGGGCGGUGAGGAGGCGUGGCGGCAGCGCCAGUGGGUGCAAGUCGGAUUAAAGGAUGAGCCUGAGGAGGAGGAGGAGGAGGAGGAGGAGGAGGAAGAAGAAGAAAAAGAAGAGGAGCGCGAUUCGUGCAUCAUCUGCAUGGAAGAGGUUCCGUUCUAUGCGACUCCGUGCCCGCUCAGCGAGAAUACGGCGAUUGUGCGGUUGCCGUGUUGCAGGCAGAUAGCUUGUCGGGAGUGCUUGGAGACGUUUUGGGACACGAACAAUGAUAACAAGAUUGGUUGUCCGGUGUGUAGGAAGGUCAUUGGGGACGCACCUACCUACAUCGUCAUGGGGCUCUCCAGUAGCAAGUACAAGAAGUCGGCGAAGACCGGCCCCACGGAGGUGGAGUACGUCAACGGCCGCAUGGCCUUUGUCCGUCGCAACGCUCCAGCUGAUACGAAUCACAGCAUGAAGGCUAAGACCAGUUCUACAGGGAUUGAGAACAUCAAUGGCCGCAAAGCCUUUGUCCGCCGCAAGUAG